AUGAUACGUAAAAGUGAUCAUAAAUUUUAUGACAACCAUCUCUAUCAAUUACUUACUAAACAAUCAAUCUAUACAAAUAAUAUAUUACAAGAAUUAAAUUCAAUACUUCAUGCAGAACCAGAUUUAGCUGCAUUAUGUCAUCCAAUAGAAGGCUCAUAUUUUCAUGUUAUUUGUCGGAAUUCUGAUGAACAAGAAAAUAUUUCUUAUCGAAUGAUUUAUGCGUUGAGUAACGCUGGUGCAGAUCCAAAUGUUGUCGAUGAAAAAGGUAAUACACCAUUACAUGAAGCUUUAAUUCGUGGAUUUCAUGAUACUGGAUUUGAUCUUAUUCAGGCUUUAUUUCGAAUUGGUGUUGAUCAACGUAUUGCAAAUAAGGAAGGGAAAACACCCUCUGCUUAUCUUGAAGAGAAUCCACAAUUAGUCGCUUUAUAUGAUGGGUAUGAAGAUGGAAUUUGGACAGCAGUUGAAACAUGUAAUAUUGAAGAAACGGAACGAUUAGUUAAAGGUUUUAUCAAAAUUGAUUGUAAACACAAUAGUAAUAAAACACUUUUGGAUAAAGCUCGUGAUACCAAAUGUACCCAAAUAAUUCGUAUUCUUGCUGAUUAUCAAGUAACUAUUGAAUUUAUUCAUUCAAUACUUGCAUGUGAUUGGGAUCGAGCAACUCUUAUUCAUCAAUACGAAGGUCAAUUUAUAAAAAUAAAUCAAUCCGAUUCUCUUCAUACAUUUACAUGGGCACGAACAAUAAAUCGUACAUGUUCAAAACCUUUACUUGAAUUUUGUCUUGAUACAAAAUCUUCAGAACCAUUUGAACUUAUAUUUAAUUCCUCAAUAUUAAAAUCUAAAAUUGAUGUUAAUAUAAUAUGUACAAAUGGUUUACCGUUUUAUUUUCAUAUGUUUGAAAAAUAUAUCACUGAUGAUAAUCAAAAAUAUAUUUUAUCAAAAGCAAAUUUAAAUAUAAAAUCAUUGAAAGGUGAUACAUUUCUAUUUCAUCUUAUUCAUUUAUAUGAACAGAAUGAAAAUAAAGAAUAUUUAAAUACAUUUACAAAUAUACUUUAUAAUCAACCAUUAUUACUUACAGAACGUAAUGAACAAGGACGAACAAUUGUUGAUGAAAUUGAAUUAACAUCAACAAUAUUAUAUAAUAAAUUACGUAUAUUUUAUGAUGCAAUUCAAAAUGUACUUGAAGAACAAAUGAAAGACAAUCUUGUUCUUGAACGUUUUGUAUUGAACGGUUUUGGUUAUCAUUUAUUAUUAUUUUUUAAUGACGAAAAUAUGGAAUUAACAAAAUUUUUAAUUGAUUUAUUACGUUCAUUAAAAAUUCGACAAGGUUUAAUCGUUCUUAUGUAUGAUUUAGUAGAAGCUAUUGCAGAUGAUAAUUUAGAACAGAUAAAAAAUAUUUUCAAAACGAAAUCAAAUAUUUAUUUUGCUAAAGAUUGGUCAGGAAGAACAUGUGCACAUUUAGCUGUACUUUAUCGUCGACGACAAAUUUUAAGUUUUAUAUGUGAACAUUAUCAUAAUGUUAUUGAUACAAAAGAUAAUCUUAAUCGUACGCCAUUACAUUAUGCAUGUAUAAUGAAUGAUGAAACAGCAAUUCAAAUUCUUCAACAAGCCAAGGCAAAAAUAAAACUUGAUUGUUUAAAUUUAUUUCCAAAUAAUUAUAAAACAAAUUCAGAUUUAUGUUGUGAAGAAUUUCAUGCACAAGGUUUUCCGAAAAAUCAAAUUGAAAAUCACCUGUCUGGUAUAAGUGAUUAUUUAAAAUUAUCAUUUUAUUUUCCAAUAAAAAAAUCUAUUGAAGAAAAUUCUAUAAAUGAUCUUAUAUUAAUAAAUAAGAAUAUGAAUACAAUGGGAUUUUAUCUUGAAGAUUUUAAUCCAAAUUCAUAUAUUAAUGAUUGGGUUAAAGGUCAACGAUAUACGCCAUUAUUAUUUCUUGCACUUGAACAUCAAUCAAUACCAUCAAUUCAAUAUUUUAUUGAUUUAGGUUUACCAUUAAAUGGUCGAAUGUAUAUAUCAAAGUCUAUAAAUAAUAAUAAUUCUCGAUGUGUUUCAUUUCGUACACGAGCUGAAGAACUUGAAUGUUUUGAUAUUAUUGGUAUGAUUAAUGAUUUAGAAGAUGAUAAUGAAUUAAAAAGUAUUUUUAAACGACAUUUAUCGUCAACAGAAACAGCUCAUAGUCAAUCGCCACCAGUUAUAGCAAGACAACAAUCGAAAAGAUUAAAAACACCACGACAAGAACCUAUUCAACAACCAAAAAAUAAUCAAAAUACUAAAUCACAAGCUUGUACUUUGUUGUAG